GAAAAACCCCCCAACACUCAUCUUCUCUUCCAAAUCUACAGAAUCAUUGAGUUAAAACAAUCUAAGAAAAGCUGUGCAAAAGACGAGAAAUUAUGGGCACCACAUGAUUUUCAGAUGGGACUUUUGCAAAUUUUGAGUAGUUGAUCAGAAGUCGUAUCAAUCUUUAAUAUCUUCUCUAACAUUCAAUUACAAUGUUUGUGCAAAACGGGUCCCUACAUUAUGGCCCCCCUUUUUGCAUUGUAGUUCAAGCUCUGUUGUUUGCUUCUUCUGUAAACAAACACUAAGCUGAAUUUUCUUUCUCAACAAGCCGCUAUGAGAAGGCCCUCUUUUUUUCUCUUUCUUUGGGAUUCCAACUCAGGAGAAGAGGCUUUAUUUGGUAAAGUUAUUGAGGGUUUCUUUUCUUCCACCCCCCCCAUUCUAUCUUCUACAUGACUGUUAACUGUUAACAGACACAUCAACAAAGCCGUAUGAAAAGUUGCUUACGAAAAGAUGUAAAAAAUUACUCAGAAAUAUGGAGGUUGUGUUGGUAUGGGGUGUAAAGUGUUGGGUUCCAUUUUCAGUCCUCAUAGUGGAAAUAUUCUGUGUUAUAUCUUGAAACUCUCAGUUUUUGUUCUAUAUUUGAGUCUCUUGGAAUUCUCUUCAUAAUAAAUCUGUUUGACCUUAUCUUGAAGGAGGAAGAAGAGAAAAGAAUUCAAUGAUUAAAGACAUAAUACCGUGAUUUUUAGAGUACUGAUGAUUUACCGUAGGGAAAGAAAGGAGAUUUUUUGACACAGACCCAUUAAAGGAUUUGUCAUUAAUCCAAAUGGGUUGGAGUUGAUUCUGUAAGGAGAUGAAAAAGUUUCUCUGAAAGUUAUCCCAAAAUCAAAGAUCUUUUAGAUCUGUCACUGUUUAUAGGUCAAAAAAGGAUCGGGAUCUCAUUAGUUUCAACAAUUACUUGAGUUCCUUAAUUAUGCUUUCUUUGUUUAUGGCUAUAUUGUUUCACUUUUUCUUGGCUCAAAAUUAAUCAUUCAAAUUAGUUGGAUAAUGGUUUUACAUGAGGACAAUCUUUAAUUGAUCAGAUCGUGGAGUCUUAGCUUUAUCAAAGGAGGGGGGAAAACAGAAACUUCAAAGUGAAAUGACAGGCAUAUACAGCCAAAUAUGAUUUUCGUUUUGACAAAUUAAAGGCUAUUGGACGUCACACCAGUCACUGUCAAGAUUUUGAAGAUCACAUACACACAACACAUUAUUAUUAUUAGUGCAAUCAACAGUAGCUCUCCAGAUGCAACCAUAAAAACCAAACUUUUGAGUCGGAUUUCAGAAGACUGGCCCUGCUUCCCUUUUUGCAUCAGUUAUGGAAGAUAACUGGGAUUGUUCUACUAAGCCACAAGGACUAAAUUAUGCAAAUUCAAGCCAUGAUCCUUCUCUGCUUCUUCCAUGGAUGAUUAAUCCUCAGUUUUCAAGCUCAACAGAGUUCUUCCCUUCAUUUUCAACUGCAGCAGAAGGAAUGAUUGCUGAAGACAGAGCAGCUUCUGCUUCCAAAAGCCAUAGCCAAGCAGAAAAGAGACGUAGGGACAGAAUCAAUGCUCAGCUUGCAACCCUUAGGAAACUCAUUCCUAAGUCUGAUAAGAUGGAUAAAGCAGCUCUGUUGGGAAGCGCAAUCGAUCAAGUGAAAGACCUGAAACGAAAAGCAAUGGAAGCCAGCAAGAACAUGACAGUUCCAACGGACAUGGAUGAAGUAACUAUUGACUCAACCAUUGUUGAAGACAACAGCAGGAACAAUAUUGCGAUAAAGGUAUCGGUGAGCUGCGACGACCGCCCAGAAUUGUUCACAGAGCUUAUCCAGGUGAUCAAGGGGCUGAAGCUCACAACAAUAAGGGCUGAUAUGGCUAGUGUUGGUGGCCGCAUUAAAAGCAUACUUAUCCUCUGCAAUAAAGAUGGUGAAAAAAGUGUCUGCUUAAACACUGUUCAGCAGUCACUUAAAUUAGUUUUAAGUCGAAUGUCAUCAUCAUCAACUGCCUCGACCUGUCGUAUUAGAAGUAAACGACAGAGGUUCUUCCUCCCGUCUCAUUAUUCCAAGUAAUUUUUCUUCUUCCCACUCGGGGCCUAUUUGAGUGAAAGUGAUACUACAAUACAAUCACAAUGGAUUGAACAAAAGAUGCGAGGUGAAAACUAGAUCCUCUUAAAGGAAAGAUUAUGGAGAAGUUGAAACUGUUGCGGCAGAGCCAACAACCGUCUCUAAAUUAGGAAGAGGGAGCUUUACUGUUAAGAUUCAGAGUUGGAAAACAAAACUAGAAAUGUAAUCCAUCGAAAGAUUCAUUAUUGUCCCUCUUCCAAAGUUGAAAACUCUAGUAGGUUAAAUGUAGUAUCGGAAAGAGAGGCAUAACGAAAAAGGACGAGUCGAAGUACAGCACGUGGUAUCGGCUUUAACAAUCAUAUUUGCAGGCACAUUCGAGGAUUGAAUCAUGGUUUUAACUAAACAAUGUGAACUUUCAAGGACUCUCCAACAUGUCUCAUCAUGUUCUUUUUCCCUUCACGCAAUACAGAUAGAAAUAGCAACUUUUUCAAGUACCACCCGUUGGCUACUUAAACAUGUUCAAAUCCACACGCUCUGCUUUGAACAAAGAAAUGUAACAUAGAUGAUUGGUGAAGAAAAAGCUAUAGUAUUUCCUUUGUUCUUAUAGUUUAAAUAUAGCCGAUGAUACCACAUUGAAGUUCAUAAUUAAGCAUGCGGUUUCUCAUUAACUUCAUUUCUUUAUCAUCAUCUGAAACAAAGAAUUCUCGCUUUUCAAGAUUACAAACUUGUUAGAACAGAAUUUUUCAUCCUCAAAACCGUCACAAGUUGAACAAACAACCAUAGAUGAAUACACAAAGUUGUAAGAAUAAAUAUUGACACCCAUUCUAUUGCAAACUAAGCACCAAACCCUUUCUUUUGCCAGUGUCCACAAGUAUCUACUCCACAUUUAGACUUCUAAAAUACACAACAAAAAAGUCCUCAACAAAUUUACAAAAAAAAAUUUCACAAAUGGAAAAAAUAUCAAAAAUAGACUUCUUUCAAUUUCUAUCAAUGAUAGACUUCUAGACUUCUAUAAAUUUCUGUCAAUGAUAGACACCAAUAAACUUUUUAACAUCUAUCCAAAAAACUAAAAUUUUGCUAUUUUGAAAAUUUUGAAUCCAAUUCUUACAUUACCAUCGCUUACACCAAGAACCAAAAAAAUUUCCUAAUAUGAAGGGAGUAUAGAAAAAUUUUCAAGCUCCCUCAUUACCUUUGUAGUAUAAACAAAGGAAGUAUUGUAAUACGACAACAGUAUAAUAUUUUCCCGAAGAUUAGGUGUAAUUAGCUUCUAAUCCUAGGCAACGUUGUCUAUUCUACAUGAACAUUCCGAACAUUGUUCUUAUUAUUUCUAUUUCUAACAUUAAAUUACCCAGCUGUCACUGAUAAAUAUGACAUCAAAAUCCAAAACACAAAACCUCAAAACUCCAGAAUGACAAUCACAGAAAAAAAAUCUGUUAAUGUAAAACAAAUGAUUUUAAAGAUUUGAAAACAUCAAGUAGAACAUAUUUCAAGCUGAAAUAAUGAACGGGGGUAUUAACUUAAAAGUUCUCUCGUGCAAGAACCUAUAUCAGAUCAUUCUAUUCGAGAUACUACAUAACAGCUAUUGACAUCUUUAUAAAAAUGGAUCUAAGAACGAUCCUCAAAAAUUCAUUCAUAAUCAUCCCAGUUACCCUAUUCUAAACGAGUGUAAUGUGGGGGAAAAUGGACUGCAAUUCAAUUAAUGCGUUAACAUAUCGACAACUGAUACUUCGUUCUUGUACACGAACAAUUUAGGUUACGGAUUCGUACUUGAACAACGGACACAAAAAAGAGGUUUUAAGUUAAUGGUGACGAACAACCUAUCAAAUACUGAUAUUUCAAAAACUCCAGACUCAAUUCAAUAAUGUAGAUCCCAGUGGGAAGUAAGUCAAACAAAAUUACUCAUUGAAACUAAAAAAAAAAAA